CCCCUACCCUCACAUCUCACCAGCCACAAGCUGACUGCAGCAAACACAAACACAGAUACACAUAUAUCCAGCUAUACCGAUUGAUCAUGGUGAGGCUAAUGGAGAUCUCCAAGAAGUGGCACGGCAGUUCUAGCAGCAGGGUCACCUCCCCUACCGCCGCUGCUAGUGCAGCCGCCACCGCACCGGCGUGCCCACGGGGCCACUUCGCCGCCUACACCCGGGACGGCAGCCGGUUCUUCGUCCCCAUCGCCUGCCUCACCAGCGACACCUUUCGGGAGCUCCUCAACAUGGCCGAAGAGGAGUUCGGCAAACCUGGAGACCGCCCCAUCGUGCUGCCGUGCUCCGCCGCCUGCCUCGAGCAGAUCCUUGCCGCCUUCCGGGGCGCUUCCAAGAAGUGCGCCGGCAACGCCAGGACCAAGAUUUGGUAGUAGCAGCCUAAUUAGAUCAAUUAAUUGCACCGCUGCUGAUUGUUAAUCUAGUGAGAUCGAUCCAUUGAUCGACCCCUUCAUUUUCGGGAGAGUAGCUCCAUCAUGUUAAUUUUUGCUUCCCUCCUGGUAAAUGGUAUGUACAUGCCAAUGCGCAUGUUUUCAGGAGGGUUGUUGUGGUUGCCAGUUGACAUGAUGUAAGCAUCUAUUAGCUAGCUAGUCAUCAUUUUCUUUUCUUUUU